AUGACAGUCGGGCUGGUUUCUCCUCGCCGUGAAUUGCGGGAGCCCCCGGGAAGCGCACGGCGUUGCCCUGGCCGGAGGCUCCGUGCGGCGGGGACGCUUCACCCCUCGGCACCGGGGGGGAUGAGGGAACCGGUCCCGAGCCCGCUGCGGGCAGGGGCUGUCCGGGCUCAGGGCACGGAAAUGCUCCAGGAGAAAAGCCUGUCUGAAACCGAGGAAGGGUUUCCAACAGCCCCCGCGCCCGGCCAUGCGGACUCCUCCGCCGGCUCCCCCGUCCUCGGCGUAGCCGGGGGGAGCACCACGCCGCUCAGCAGCCCGCAGCUCCCCGACCCCGAGCAGACGAUAGAAAAUAUCAAAGUCUAUCUCCAUGAGAAGGAGCUAUGGAAGAAAUUUCAUGAAGCUGGCACCGAAAUGAUAAUAACCAAAGCAGGCAGGAGGAUGUUUCCUAGUUACAAGGUCAAAGUGACUGGAAUGAACCCCAAGACCAAGUACAUCUUGUUGAUCGACAUCGUCCCGGCUGACGACCACCGGUAUAAAUUCUGUGACAACAAAUGGAUGGUGGCCGGGAAGGCAGAGCCGGCCAUGCCGGGCCGGCUGUACGUGCACCCCGACUCCCCGGCCACGGGGGCACACUGGAUGCGGCAGCUGGUGUCCUUCCAGAAGCUCAAACUCACCAACAACCACCUGGACCCCUUUGGACAUAUCAUCCUCAAUUCAAUGCAUAAAUACCAACCACGGCUGCACAUCGUGAAGGCGGACGAGAACAACGCUUUUGGCUCCAAGAACACAGCCUUCUGCACCCAUGUCUUCCCAGAGACAUCCUUCAUAUCAGUCACCUCCUACCAGAAUCACAAGAUAACGCAGCUGAAAAUUGAGAACAACCCCUUUGCCAAGGGGUUCCGGGGCAGCGACGACAGCGACCUGCGCGUGGCUCGGCUGCAAAGCAAAGAAUAUCCAGUAAUUUCCAAGAGCAUCAUGAGGCAGAGGUUGGUGUCCAGUCAUGGCCAGCUUUCAACAAAGCCAGACGUGAACCCACUUCAUGGCAAUCACCAGACCCUUCAGCAUUAUCAGUAUGAGAAUGGUGCUCACAUGCAAUUUGCAGCUUCGGAUACUCAAGACCUGCCACUCAACACCUUCACAGCACAGAGAGAUUCAGGGCUCUUCUACCAUUGCCUAAAGAGAAGAGAAAGCGCCCGGCACCUGGACCUGCCCUGCAAACGCUCCUACCUGGAAGCCUCGUCCUCCGUGGGGGACGAUCACUAUUUCCGUUCCCCGCCGCCCUACGAGCAGCAGAUGCUGAGCCCGUCCUACUGCAGCGAGGUGGCCCCGAGGGAGGCCUGCAUGUACUCUGGGGCCGGGGCCGACAUCGCCGGGGUCUCGGCGGUCGACGACCUGCCCCCCCCGCCCCCCCCGCUGGGCUGCAACAUGUGGACUUCAGUCGCACCUUACACCAGCUACAGCGUUCAGACAAUGGAAACUGUGCCCUACCAGCCCUUCCCUCCUCACUUCCCCGCCGCCCCCAUGAUGCCGCGGCUCCCGGCCAUCGCGGGCCAGGGCUCGCAGCCGCCAGGGAACGGCCACUUCAGCGUCUACAACCAGCUGUCCCAGUCUCAGGUCCGGGAGCGCGUCCCCGCGCCGUCCUUCCCGAGGGAGCGGGUGCACCCGUCCGUGUGCGAGAGGAAACCCCCCUCUCCGCACCUCAACGCGGCCAACGAGUUCCUGUACUCACAGAGCUUCUCCCUGUCCAGGGAGUCGUCGCUGCAGUAUCAUUCAGGGAUGGGGACUGUGGAGAACUGGACUGAUGGGUGA